AGAGCAUUUCGAGAGGGAGAGCAGACUCACCACUUUCGUCCGUACCAGGGCAUUUGGAGGCUGAAGACGGCUAGUCCUGGCCAAAAAGCGUCCUGUUUGCUAACUACUGCUAGCGUUCGUUCUUCUAACCCAGAUUUCCAUUUGUCGACAGAUGCAGCUACGUUUGGGCUAGCUCUUUCUACAAAGUGGCCAACAAUUUUGAUGGACAGAGCAUCACUAGAUUAUUAGUAUUCGAUAGCAUGUGUCUUCAAAGUAUCGCUCGUGUAUUUUUGGACCACCAAGUUAGCAAUCCGAAGGCUGGAUGUGUCGUGAUAGGUAAAUAUGACAAUGAAUAAUAAGGUGAUAAAUCUUAAUCAAAUGAAGUAGUUAGGAUGUAUGUUGUCUAUGCCUAACCACCGUCUACCUCAAGUGGCAGUGUUAUGUGAUGUGGUAGUUCGGAAGUUAGAGGCAUUCGAAUCAAGACAUAGUACAAUUCUCAAGGUCACUGAUAGUCAGACCGAACUAUGUAAAUAAGCGCAAACUACUUACGUAGUUGUAAUUAUCGUAACUAGUGGUUUGAGAAUUUUGGGGAUACGGCUUAGAAUGAUUCACAGUGACGUCUUGCUUUAGAAUCUGAGUUAUGAAACCUCCUUAUAUCAUUUUUCCCUUUUCUAUUCCUAAUCAUUUUUACUUCACUACUGAUACUGUUAGCAAUUCUAUUACUCAGGGACUUAUUUUGAAAUAAUUUUAUCUCUCUUUCUAAUAUGACAUGGCUAGUUGAACUGAUGGACGUGUGUUGGGUUCUUUGUUGCGUACGGCUGACUGUGUGAUUUAUUCUUCAACUCACUAACGAAUUGUUCUCUAACCAUUCAUUAUCCCUGUUAUUUUAAGUAAUCAGGAAUUGAUAUUGUUCGGAGAAUCACCGAGAAGAAAUAGGUGAUUACUAAACUGUUCUUUCAUCCUCCCUCCAGAUACUUCAAAGGUACGCACCUAUGACUUAGUAAAAAAUCAGUUCAUUAGAUAGUUGUUGACAUUGACUAGUUAUUAUGAAUUAGUGCAUAUUUAUACAUUUUCAACUAGUAGGUAUGAGUAUAAAGUAAGGUAAUAAUAAAUUCAAAGUAGUUGUACAUUUUAAUGAUUUUCUAUCGUUUUGUUACUUUCUUUGAUUUAGUGAUCUUUACCAUCAUGUGGUAUGAAAUUAUUCCAUCGAUUGCAUUAGUAGCCGGAAUAACAUUUGCGCUCCCACCUUUAAUAAGCGUGACCAGUUAUGCAUGUUUUGGUAGAUGGAAUCCACCUCAUUUAUUUCGGUUUAAACAAGAUUUCUUCCUACAUUUACGUGAUAAAGAUCUUGAAGGACCACUUUUAUUUCAAGACUCAGAGUUUAUCUUCAAGGAUUAA